AUGGCUUCUUGGCAUGGGACAAUCGCUUUCAUAUGGUCAACGCUUGCUUUUCUUAUUUACUUUGGUGCUGCGUUUGCUACUGACCCAGAACAUGCCGUAACCUACUUCGACAAUGAACCGGCCCGAUUGUUCUUUUUCGAUGAUGCGACUAGUGUGAUAUACCAUGAUGCCAUCUACGGGGAGAUAUAUGUUUCUCAGGACGAAGGCAAGAGCUGGAACCUCGCAGAUGACAUACCAGCUGGCGACGCUGCAAUGUUCAUUGAGCACCCAUUCGACAACCGCGUGGCAUUCGUAUUAACCAACUCCUUCACUCAUUACCGCACAGAUGACCGCGGAAAGACGUGGCGCACGUUCGACGUCCCUGAGACGGUAGCCUACGUCCCAAAACCACUCUCCUUUCACUCAGAUCCCAAAAAGUGGGAGCAUAUCCUCUUCCAGGCUACUAAAUGUGACAACAUUCCAUGGGGAGAACGGUGUCGAGACGUCACGUACUACACCACAGAUGGAUUCGCCACAUCACCACAACUGCUCCUGGAUGACGUCUCCCGUUGCCAAUUCGCUCACAGCAGCAAAGACUUUAAGCACGACGCCCACGAAGACCUCAUUUAUUGCGUCGCCUAUGACUCUUCUGCCAUGACUGGUUCGCACAACAUCGCAAGCAGUCGUCUCUACUCCAGCACAGACUUCUUUGUCACCAAGCAGACUGAAGACAUUGGCAUCGGCGAGAAUGCCAAGGGUGUCGUGGCAUUUGCGAUCGUGUCCAAGUUUGCCGUGGUUACGCUCAAGGACUUGACGCUCGGCAGCGAGGGCGACAUGCUCUUAUAUGUUACUGUGAAUACCAAGGAGUGGGCCAAGGCACAGUUCCCGCAUGCUUCCCAGGCACGCUUGCGGGAGAAUGCAUACACCAUCGUCGAGUCCACAGUCCACUCCCUAGCAGUAGAUGUCGUCUUGCACGAUGUAACCAACAUCGGUACCUUGUUCGUCAGCAACUCCAACGGUACCUACUUUGUGGAGAGCUUGAAGGACACGAACAGAAACAUGGCGGGGUAUGUUGACUACGAGAACAUCUAUGGCGUUGAGGGUGUCGGUAUCGCCAACGUCAUUGCAAAUGCGCAAGACGUCGAGAGGCAGAUGGCAGCUAAGCAAUUACGGUCGGUCAUCACAUUCAAUGACGGCAGCUCGUGGGAUCCUCUUCUCGCUCCUAGCGGUUCCUGCUCCUCCGAUACAUGCUCGCUGCACCUGCACUCAGUGACAGACAUGCACAACUAUGGUCCCAUUUUCUCGUCCCCCGCCCCUGGCUUCGUCAUGGGCGUAGGUUCCGUCGGAAAGGCGCUCGCGCCAUAUGAGGAGGGCAACACCUACUUGAGCACCGACGCUGGCCUGACAUGGACCAUGGCCCACGAAGGCCCAUAUCAAUAUGAAUUCGGCGAUUCCGGAAGCGUUAUUGUCAUCGUCGACGACGAGCAACCUACCGACACCAUCAUGUACUCCACGGACAUGGGCCAGAGCUGGAACACGUUCAAUGUUGGCAUCCAAUUUCGUGCCAAGGGCCUGACGACGGUAUCAGAUUCGACGUCUCAGAAGUUCCUCAUUCUCGGCCAGGUGAUGCGGCAGUCCCAACAACCCAAUAGGGGCCGCAACGCUGCCAUCUACCUCGACUUCGCCGGCCUCGGGCGCCGGAUGUGUGGUCCUGACGACAAGGAGUCAUGGUAUGCAAGAGCCAAAUUCAACUCCGAGUGCAUCAUGGGUGCCAAGCAAUGGUACACCAGGCGCAAGGCUAAUGCAGAUUGUUAUAUGAACGAGGAAUUCCACGAUCCAGAAGUUCAUGAUGAUAAGUGUUCAUGCGAGGACCACGAUUAUGAAUGCGACUACAACUACGUACGGAGUGGUGGUAUGUGUGUACCUUCGGGUCCAGAGCGCAUACCCAGCACCCAGUGCACCCUCGGGACGACCGACGAGACGUACAUGGGUUCAUCGGGAUAUCGCAAGAUCCCUGGGAACAAGUGUGAGGGCGGUAUUCGCAAGGACGAGCCCAUAUACAAACCUUGUUUGAGACCUCCACCUGCCGAAGGAGAGAUUAUUCACCAAAUUCAUCCAUUCCGUAGUGAUAUUUUGCAGAGCGAGUUUUUCAGGGACUCGAAGACCGUCAUUGUCCGUCUUGCCGAUCUCUCAAUAUGGCAAUCCAGCAACGAAGGCUACACAUGGGAGCAAAAGUACCCAGGGGAGCGUUUCCUGGCGUUCUACAUGCACCCGCACUUCCACGAACGCGCAUAUCUCAUCACCGACACUAACAAGUUCUAUUACACAACAAGCACAGGUCGCUUUUGGCAUAUCAAUGAAGCGCCUUCGCUUCCCAACACCUUCGGGGCCGCAGUGCUCCGCUUCCAGACCAAGUCCUCCCAUCUCAUCUGGAUCGGUAAUGUGGAUUGCCAGAUGGGGUACGAGAAUUGUCGCGCGCAGGCGCAGUACACAUCGGAUCAUGGGCGGAGUUGGCAGUUGCUGGAGGACUAUGUCGUCAACUGUGACUGGGCGCGACACGACCACCUGCCAUUCGAAUCAUCUCAGAUCCUAUGCGAGUCGUAUGAGAACAAGCAGGGCUCGCAGUUAUUUUUUGGGAAAGAGAACGCACUGCAGCUCGUCUCUGUCACAAAUUAUUUCAUGAAGAAAACGAAGCUGUUUGACCGUGUCGUGGGGUUCACCAAGCUUUCAGAGUUUUUGAUCGUUGCGGAGUACCUCCAGACGAGGGGCACGCUAAACCUCCAGGUCUCACGAGACGGACAGACAUUUACUUCUGCGACCUUCCCUCCUGGCAUGCAUCCAGAUUCGCAUGCGUUCACCAUCCUUGAAUCGAGCACCACGGCCAUCUUCCUACACAUAACUAUGAACGAAUGGCCCACGCCAUGGGGUCAUAUCCUCAAAUCCAACUCAAACGGAACUUACUUUGGAGUGUCCAUCGAGAACGUGAACAGGAACAGUGCCGGCUUCGUCGACUUUGAGAAAUUUGCAGGGUUGCAUGGUAUAGCGAUGGUAAACGUGGUGGCCAAUCCUGCGGAGGCUGCGCUCACGGGGCGUAAGAUUCUGCAGACGAGGAUUACGCAUAAUGAUGGUGGCACAUGGAAGGCGCUUCUACCCCCUUCGGUGGAUUCGUUGGGUCUGAAGUACCCUUGCACAUCAGUGGGCUGUGCGCUCCAUGUCCACGGGUAUACAGAACGCUCUGAUGCCCGCGUAACAUACAGCAGCCCAUCCGUCGUCGGUGUCGUAAUGGCAGUCGGGAAUGUAGGUGAUUUACUUGCCUCCUACACCGAGAGCAAUACCUUCCUGUCCCGGGAUGGCGGUUUCACAUGGGAAGAAGUGCACAAGGACGCGCAUUUGUGGAAGUUUGGCGACUCAGGGUCUGUCAUCAUGAUCGUGAACGACAAAGAGCCGACAGACCACGUCCUCUUUACCACAGACGAAGGACUCAAAUGGCAAGAAUUUAAGUUCACGACUGAAAAGAUCAGAGUGAGGGAUAUCAUGACGGUUCCAGAGGAUACGAGCCGGAAAUUCAUGCUCCUGGGUCAGUAUCCCGGGACGACUGGCUCGGUGAUCGUGCAUUUGGACUUUUCGUCUCUCACGCACAAAAAAUGCCUCGUGGAUGUGGAAAAUCCUGGAUACGAUGACUUUGAGCUGUGGAGCCCAAGCGAGGAAAUAGAUUCUCUUUGCUUAUUCGGACAACAGACGCUGUACCAUCGUCGCAGACGAGACGUGAAUUGUGUUGUUGGAAACACGCCCAAGGCACUUGACAUUGUCGUACGGAACUGCAUAUGUAUGUCGGAGGACUUUGAGUGUGAAUUCAACUAUAUCCGUAACGAGGAUGGUAAAUGUGUUCUAAUACCGGGAGCGAGUCCACUCGCGCCCAAUGAUUCAUGUCGCAAUCAAGAAGACUAUUGGUACGAGCGCACAGCUUAUCGCAAGGUCUCCUACUCUACUUGUGAGGGCGGUGACCGCAUCGACCAAGGCACGCAACACCUGUGCCCUGACAUUCCAAAUCCUGACAUUCCAAACCCUGACAUUCCAAACCCUGACAUGCCAAACCCUGACAUUCCCAACCCUGACAUUCCCAACCCCGACACUCCCAACCACAAUUUUGGCCACAGCGUGAUGUUCUGGAUGAUGGUGAUUUUGUUCCCCUUUGCGAUCACAGCGCUUGCCGUCGCAUGGUGGUGGUACAACAAGAGUAAAAUGGCGAGAGGGUCAAUUAGUUUACCUGAAGACGACGAUUUGCCUGGGUCAGGGUCUGGUGUGUUUGCCACACUGGCAUCUGUGCCAUUGAUCAUGCUCGGGUUUUUGGGCAUCGCCUUUAAAUACGUGUCUAUGGGCUACCGCGCGAUGCGUAAAGAUAGGGGAGUGUCUUUGGACGAAGAUUCGCAGGUCUUGCAUCUUGAGGAUGGUGAAUAAGCGGAGCAGCUAUCUUGCGUAGGACAGCUUCGACAGUAUAGUGAAAAACAGGCUUGCGUGAGUGCCUCACGCAGAGCUUCGCAUAGGGAACAUCGUAAGGGUUGAGCGAUAUAGCUUCAUUGUCAAUAAUGACUCAAAUUGAUUUUGUGAACUAGGAGAAGAGACUGUAAAU